GGAGAGGCUUGGGACGCACCUUUAACGUGUCUAGCAUGAGUUGUGCCUAAAAUGAAAAAUACGGGAAAAGAUGUUCUGAAGAUAGCCCCUGCAACGUUUCUCCCCCUACUGAACUAAUUGUUGUCUCCUCUCUCUGGCUGUUGGACACACCUUUCGGAGGAUGAGGAAGGUGACUGCGGUCCCGGCCUGUCCACCUGAGCUUGUGUGAACAGAGAAUCUCCACCUUUGCUCUUUAGCGCUCGGCCACACCCGGCAAAGCCUUCGGAGGGCUCCCCCUGGUUCUUGGUUCUUAGGAGAGCUGAAGAAUAACGGGGCGCAGGGUUGGUGUGUAUAACUGGUCUGAAUUGGAAUGUUUUAAGGACAAAGGCAGAUUUCGUAUGAAAGAACUUACUAUACUUUGUGCAGAUGAAUGCUUGAAGAGGUACUGCAGUGUUGUACCUCUUUGGGGUAACUGCAGUACCAAACAGUAUGCCUCUCACCUGUUCCUUUGUCACUCCUGGAAAGGUGGUUUCUCGAGGUGUUUGCAUCCUACGUGGGCCAUUAUCGUUUCUUCCACUCAGCCCCAUGUGUUGGGCCCUUGAUGUGAUUGAUCAUUGAGCAGAAAGGAUGUGAGGUUUGGGGAGCAAGAUUGUGACCAGGAAGUGGCCUCCUUUUUUCCUUAGAAUAGCGCAUAUUUAUUGAGGAGCCAUGGUUGAGCACUGGGCUCAGCUUGGCAGAUUGGGCCCACCAGCCACUCCGAAGGAGAAGUGACCAGAGAGCUGUCCCUGUAAGAUGACAGCCUAAAACACCCUGGGCGGGGGAGGGGGGGAGUGCUCUUCAGUUCUUAGAUGGUCUCCGAGCAUUGAAUUCAGUCCAUAAUUACUGAGCUUGAACUACUUAGCCAUGGGAUACUUCCCUUGGGGCCUGUAGGGUUCUCUGAGCUGGGUGCUGUGAUUGUCAAAUGAGAUAUCUCAGAACUGAGGAGUGACUUGCCUAAGAUCAUAACAAAGCCCAGAGGGCUGACUCCCACAGCACUAACACCCCCCGCCCGCCCCCCCCAUGCAUUGAGCCGGUGCUGCUUUGCAGUCCUCUCCAUUGACUCCAAAUCCCAGCACUUCCCUGGGCUGGAGUCCUUGUGCUCACAGCUUCCCCAAGAGGGCACUCAGGGGUCCAUAUUGUUUAGCAGAGGUGGGACUGGCCUUCUGACAUCUCUGCUUCACAUCUCCACUGAGGCUGCGACAACUGGGAAGGGGCCUUUGACCUGCUCAUCAGCAGGGGUUUUCUGAGUGUCGUUUGUAGUGGCUGUGAUUGGUGCCAGCACUGCUGUUUUAACCUCCCCGACCAUUUCAGAAUGUUUCCAGCAUACAGGUACACCAAGUUAGUUGCACACUGGAUGCCCACAUCAGCACCCCUAGGAGGUACAGCUAAGAUUGUUCUGGCUGUAUGCAUUUCAAAGUAAACUGCACACUUGGAUUCAUUUUUCCCUAACUCCAUAUGUAUAUUGUUAGCUGAAAGUGACUUCUGCUUAAAUACUAUUGUACUACCCUUUUAAAGUGUAUUUUUAUGUUCCUAGUGAGACGGUUUAUCGAUUUGUGUUUGGGUGUUCGAUGUUCUGAAGCCACUGCCAGUCACUUUUGAAAUACAUUUUGCUUCCUAUCAUCUCCUGUCAUCCCCAAAGAAACGGCAGCCCUGAAAGGAGAUCUGGUCCUCUGAGGCCGGCUGUCCUCCCGACUGCAGGCAGAUGAGCUGCGAGUGGCCUUUGUAAGGGCCUGUCGAGCCUCAGACAGAUGAGUGGGAAGGUGGCAUGGGGCUGCCCGUAAUGUGACCCUGACGGUAGCCACCCCUGUUUCCUUAAGAAGACUGGUGGGUGGAGACACAUCUGAAGAGGGUGGUGGCAACCCCGGGUCUCCUUGCUGCCAGCUCAGCUGUUGGCUGCAAAGUAGAUGUGCAGCCUCGCCAACCCACUCACUCUCCACCCUUUUAUCUCGUUAUUAGGCUGCUCAUUGGUGUAAAUUGCCAUCGAUUAGGUAUCGGUUAUCAGACCCAAGUUAGAAGUGAGAGUUCAGAUAAGUGAGGCCGCCGUUGCCACCUUGACCACCUCAGAAGGAGGGGAGAAUGGAUUUAUCAGGAGUGAAAAAGAAGAGCUUGCUAGGAGUCAAAGAAAAUAAUAAAAGGGCUCCUUCUCCAACCAAGCGCAAGGACCGCUCUGACGAGAAGUCUAAGGACCGCUCAAAAGACAAGGGGGCCACCAAGGAGUCCAGCGAGAAGGACCGUGGCAGAGACAAGGCUCGAAAGAGGCGCAGCGCAUCCAGCGGUAGCAGCAGCACCAGGUCUCGGUCCAGCUCCACCUCCAGCUCGGGCUCCACGUCCAGCAGUGGCUCCAGCAGCGGCUCCAGCUCGUCCUCAGCAUCCAGCCGCUCAGGCAGCUCCAGCACGUCGCGCAGCUCCAGUUCCAGCAGCUCCUCCGGCUCCCCAAGCCCUUCCAGGCGUCGACACGACAACAGGCGGCACUCCCGCUCAAAAUCCAAACCACCCAAGAGAGAUGAGAAGGAACGGAAGAGGCGGAGCCCUUCCCCCAAGCCCACCAAGGUUCACAUUGGGAGGCUCACCAGGAACGUGACAAAGGACCACAUCAUGGAAAUCUUCUCCACCUAUGGGAAGAUUAAGAUGAUCGACAUGCCCGUGGAGAGGAUGCAUCCCCACCUGUCCAAAGGCUACGCUUAUGUGGAGUUUGAGAACCCUGACGAGGCUGAGAAGGCGCUGAAACACAUGGACGGAGGUCAGAUCGAUGGCCAGGAGAUCACAGCCACUGCUGUGCUGGCGCCAUGGCCCAGGCCGCCGCCCCGGCGCUUCAGCCCUCCCAGGAGGAUGCUGCCUCCACCCCCCAUGUGGCGCAGGUCCCCCCCAAGGAUGAGGCGGCGGUCCCGCUCUCCGAGACGCAGGUCGCCAGUGCGCCGACGCUCCCGGUCCCCAGGCCGCCGCCGCCACCGGAGCCGCUCCAGUUCCAACUCUUCACGAUAGAGCUGUGCUGCAGAAGCCCCGGGCCCCUAACUUAUGUCCCAUCCACGCAUGUUCUGUCUCUUUCCUGGCUGGAGGAGGGUGGAUAGAUGGGGAUUCCUGGCCUGGGGGCAGGCUU